CGGCUCUGAGUCGGUCCAGAUUGGGAUGUGUGACUGUGAUGGCUUGUGACCAAGCGCGUCUUGCGCUCUACCGAUUCCUGCAACAAAGAGCGUCGCCAAGCUAGAGGAGCUUUGACGGCCAUGCAACGACACGCGCAUGGAUUUUUUUUAUUGUGUGCUGUCGCUGAUUACCGACGGACUCAAAUGCCUUGCCAUAGCAUUCGCCUCUGCUGCUGUGUAUGAAGAGGACAAUGGAUAAUUUCAUCCUGAUGAACGCGGCCACGUGUAUCAAAAGAACGCCCACUUGUCGAACAAUACCUGAUCGCGUCAUGGCUUGAACGCCAGAAAUGGCAGUCAGCGACGCCUUGGAUGACAAUUCGUCGCUUGAGUGCAAAGCGUAGCGGGUCGCAAGGGAGUAUAUAAGGUACAUUUCUUCCCUGCACUCUCCAUCUCGUACUUUCUCAUUCUCUCUAUAAUGGCAGCUACCACACGCCGCAACUCUCUUCCCAUCUUCACCGAACUGGUUUCUCAUUCGAUGGGACUACAGUCGCCGACUCCGCACCAGGCAAAGCGGAACUGCAUCUACUUUCCGGCAGCGGGCAUCGAGAAGCGGCGCAUCCCGGACACGGUCGAACUGACUUCCCGCGCUCCCGCACCGAACUCGUUCGAGGCCGCCCUCAUGGGCUCGGGCGUGUACGAUGUCGGCGGCAAUGUGAAUGUGUGCUACGACGCGCCACGGGAGGAUCUCAGUACCUGGGAGUUCGUGUCCCCGGUGGCAUCGCCCAUAGCCCAAUCGUUCGUGGUCUCUGAGCCCGCAGGUCCGACUGCUGCGCAGGAGGUGGCGACACGCUACCGUGCUGGCCUGGAGAUCGACUUGGGGCCUCCUGCACGUCCGGCGUCGGCUUCGGCGUCGGAUGCAUCGUCGACGCUUAGUGCGGAGGACGGCGACGAUGCGUCAACCAUCUCAAGCUUUGGAUCGAUCCCGUUUCCCGUCGAGAGGGACUUCAACAUGCGACCGACCUUCCAGGCUUCGCGCACCAAUGCCUUGCUUGAUAUCCGCGAAGAAGUUGCCAUUGUUAUGCGGCAGGGCGGACUGGGUCCUCAUGACCCGGUCGUUUGUCAUCGCUACGAUUGCCGGGACACUCUCCCGAAUAUGAAGGCGUUCAUCUACCAUCUUCAUAUCCACAAUCUUCAUGACAUGGCCUACGCCUGUGACGACUGUGGCAAGCGUUUCGAAGCUCCUCGUCUCCUGGCUCUGCACAAUUGCCCCAGACACGCAUCUUCUUGCCCGAGCAGUCCUGUCCGCGACACGAUCAUGCGCGUCCUCAGCCGAAUCAAGUCCCACGAAUGAUUUUCAAUCAUCACCUUCCAACUAUAUACUCUCGCUUCCCUCUUUCAUCCCAUCUGUUAUCCAAAACUUAUUUGCAUUCCAUUUGUAGCGGUAGGCUUCUCCUGUUCAGUUACCAUCCAUCCACCAAAAUCUAUUGUACAAUGUUUUUGUAAUGUUUACUGCACCAACGAUCUGUUCCUGCAAAGUCUAAAUUUGUCAUCGCCACUUGUCAUCAAGUCACCACUUUCCCAAAUUGGAAACCUCCCGUGCAACCGAGUCCGUGCUACCGACCUCGAUCCCGCGCGUCAUCGUUCGUGUGCACUGCCCGCUAUGUGCGCUGCCAACUAUAAAGACUGUUCGCCAACCGCAAUAACGACAACAACAUGAGCUCUCUUGAUAACAUCCGUGCCGCCAACGCCGCCUGGAAGCCUUCCUACGCCCCCGUCGCUGUCUUCGUCGGCGGGACGUCAGGCAUUGGAGAAGGGAUCGUCGAGGCCUUCGCCAACCACACAAAUGGCAAAGCCCACAUCUACAUCGUCGGUCGAAACGCGUCAGCAGCGUCACAAAUCUUCGCGCGGAUCACACCCGCCCCUGCCUCCACGUCGCAGUCCUUCAAGCGCGAGUUCGUCGCGUGCGACCUCUCUCUCGUGGCGAACGUCGAACGUGCCGCGGGGACAAUCCUGGCGUCGCAUGACCGCGUCAACUUCCUGUUUAUGAGCGCGGGCGCGAUCUCGCUGACGGUGCAGGACUUCACGGAGGAGGGGCUGGACCGGCAGCUGUGCCAGCUGUACUACAGCAAAUGGGCGUGGACGGAUGCGCUUCUCCCUGCGCUGCGUGCUGCGUACGCGGCAGGCGAGGACGCGCGCGUGGCUGCUAUCCACACCGCCGGUCGUGGGGGCCCGGUCGACGUGCAGGACAUCGGGCUGCUCAAGGCGAUGAAGGGCGGGCUCAGGAAAGUGGGCUCGCUCUUAUCGCAGAUGGCCAGUUAUCAAGAUCUUAUGGCCGAGGGCUUCGCCGAACACAAUCCCGGUAUCACCUUUACGCAUACGUUCCCAGGGGAAGUCAACACACCGUUGCUGCGGAAUUCACCGUCUGCGGUCGUCCGCGGCGUCUACUCCCUUCGCCACCUUCUCCUGCGCGGCUUCAUGAGCCGCGCGAUGCCGAUUUCAGAGUGCGGCGAGCGGCAGCUGUAUGGACUGCUCCACGCACCCCCUGGCGCGUCUCGGUUUGGUGGAGACGGUGCAGAUAUCGGAAUGGGUGGAGUCGACGAUCCGCUGUGGGGCGAAGUGCGGACUGCUUUGUGGAAGCACAGCGAAGAGGUCGUGUCACGCAGGUGAAAGAUCGAUACGUUGGCCGAGGUCGAUUACUGUUUCGUGAUGCAUGAGCAAUCGAGGAAGGCCUGCUGCUAUGUAAUCGCACUAAAAUUAGUCAGAAUUUUAUGGAGCCGUGAUUGGCAUGUGUCAAUCAGUGGCGAUGCACGUUUCAA